GUCCUGUCUCUCACUGAAAUACUGUGGCCAUGCGUGCUUUUCUUGAUUCUAGCUGCAAUCCGCUUCCAGGAGCCCCCAAAAUACAAGGAAAACUGUUACUUAGAAGCUCGCGAUUUACCAAGUCGGGGGCUUUAUCCUUUCAUGAGGACCCUCUUCUGUAAUGUUGGUUCCAGAUGCAAGAAUACUAGUUACACAACACAGAAAAACAAACACUUUCGUACUGCAGGCACCCAGAGUGGUCCAGAGAAAGUCACAGGACCUGAUCUAGACUUCAUGAAAGAGAUAGAAGAACUUGCAAAGGAAUUUAUUGAGACUACAGAGAAAGCCAUGGCUUUAGAAAAACUGUGGGAGGAAAACUCAAAGUUCUCAGGUUUUUCUGUUGUACUAAAGAGUAUAGGGAUGGAAAACCUCAGUAGAGCACACCUUGUGACCUUAGGUGACCUCCAGUCUGGCACUAAAAGAAUGGAUUUGAAUCAAGCAGAGGAAAUGAUUACUAGAGCAGAAAAUCUGUACAAGCAACCAGAUUUCUGGAACCUUUUGCAUUCACUCCCUCGUCUUGAAUUGAACAGAUUUUAUACAGAAGAGGAAUUAGCUACCAUAGCACAGUUUCUAAAAGUUAUUCAAAAUACCUUAGCAUCAUUGAAGGAUUUAGCUAUGAUGCCGUUGGGCCAAAGUUUCUAUGAAGUGGUGAAAACAGCACUGAAUUUAACUGCUGCAUCAGUACAGGAUAGCAGUUUAGAAGCUUUUCAAUAUAAUCUGUCUCUUGGGGAUGUUUUGUGGAAUCCACAUGCUGUGAAAGCAGAACUUCAAUCCAGGUUUGGUUUUGAUGGUCCUAAUGUUGAGAAGCUGCUAAGUUAUACAGCACAAUUAACAAAGAUUCCCACAGGAGAGACACUGGAGCAGUUUGUGUGCUCUGCUCUGUCCAGUGUGCCAGAAGAUGAAGCAAACAGAGAGAAUAAUGGAGAGGGCUGUAUUUCUGCAUGGCAUGAGGCCAAACUGUAUCUUGUUCAUGCUGUCAGCAAGCUCAAGCUCUAUGCACAGGUAAUUAAGCAGUGGCUCAGCAGCAGCAGUCUCUCUCAGAAGCUCUUUUUGGAACUUAAAAGAAUCAUAGCUGAUUUGAUGCCUCAGCUUCUAGAUGACAGGGAAGCCAAGAAACUUUUUUUGCAGAUAAAUACCCUGAUCCAGCAAUGGAAUGAGAAAUCAGACGCGUUCUUUUCGGAAGGAUAUACUGAUGAUUGGAUUUUGACAUCUUUCAAAGAGUUUUUGAAGAGAGAUGAAAACUUAAGGGUUUAUGGUGAAAAGGAAAUGGAUCAUCUUAUUAAUCUUCUAAAAGUCAUAGAAGAUAUAAUAUUUGACUUCUCAGCUUCUUCAAACCAGUCUCUAAUUAAAAAUGCCUUGAAUUAUGCAAUUACAUGGAUGAAAGAUUUUGCUGAGGGGAAGGAAUCUGCUGCCAAUUUCUCACUUGCAGUUUCUGAACUUCAUAAUAAGCUAGAAAAAAAAUCCCAGCCCCUUGAGACGUUCUGGACAGAAGAGAAGACAGAAGUUUUCUGGUAUAUAGUGGAAAUUUUGUUCUAUGAACUUGAUUCUAGGCUUUCUCAUUUGAGUCAAGUGGAAGAGAGGGAGGUAAUUGAGACCUUAUCCAGAGUUAUCUCUUCCAUUACAGAAAAUAAAAUCCAUAAUAGAAGUAGGGUGUUGCUUAAAAAUAUCCUGACUAAAUGGCCAGAGUUAAAUAUUACUGCUUUGAACCAUUUAAAAUAUUUAAGUGAAAACUUUGUAAGAAACCUCUAUGAAGUUGGAUCAUUGACUGAUGAUCAUGUCAAUGUGUCUUUCUCAACAGUUCCUAGAGUGAGUAAUGCCUCCACUUUAUUUCUCUCAAAUGCAACUUUUAUGUAUAAGGUACAAGAACUAGGAGAAAUUGUGCAUGAUUUCCUGAAAGACAUUCAAAAGUUAAACAGUACUAGUGUGACCUCACUUGUCCCAAUACUUUUCUCUCUGUCUCAGAAUGAUGAUCUGUUCUUAAAUAUUAUAAGAAAUAGCACUCUGUUAACAUUUCUUUAUGAGACCUCAAAAGAUAUGUCAUCCUUUCAAGUAUGGGAUGAUUUCCAAAAUAGGGAUCUAAUUUUUGAUUUUCUGUCUGAAACUUUUGAUCUGCUCUGGAAUUUCACCAGCAAGUCUCUCUGUGAAAAGUUACCAUUCAUUUAUAACUACACAGAGUUUCAGGCUCAGUUUCUUGCACAGAAAGGAAAAAAAGAGAUGCAAGUUGUCUAUGGCACUCUGAGCAGCCUUAAAACUUUAUUUAUUGAUGAGGAGCUCCAAACAGCUGCCUUUUGUUAUUUGGAAGAGUUUCUUGAUAUCGCUCCAGAAUGCCUUGGAAAUAAUGAGUGUGCUGAUUUUUAUCUAGCAAAUGUUACUUCUGUAGAACAUUCAGAAGAGGUUUAUAACUUACUUCUGCUUCCAUUGGACAUUAUUCUGUCUAAUUUAACAAUUUUAGAUAACGUAACUGUGCCUUCUGCUUUGCUCUGCACUUUCACGUGGCUUCAAACCUGGACAGAGAUUUUUGAAGAAGCAUCCAAAAUCUUAAAUUUGAAUUCAACCUAUUUUGUCUCUCUAAGAAAUGAUUUGGCAAAUCUCUCUGAAAGUCUCUUAGAUGUGACUCAUGACGAACUGUGCAAUAACACAGCUAUGGCUAUUCUUGAAGAUACAAGAGCAUCAAUGAAGCUACUAAAAGUCAUAUUUGAAGAAGGUGGUGAUUUAAAUGCAUGGAAAGAUUUUGAAGCUUUCCUUGCUAAUCUUCAAAGUGUGUUUAACAAUGUAGUUGAUGUCUCAAGCUUGCUUGAAGGUAACAGUUUGGAAAGUGUUUUAGAAAUGAUGGGAGUUCUGAUAACUGAAUUGCAGAAAUCUGUACUGAAGGUUGUUAAUGGUGAGGUUUUGAAUUCAUGGCUAGAUACUUUCAUCUUAGAAGGAUCAGAGGGAGAAGAUAGGGGCACUGGUGUAUUUUCCAUUGGAAAUUCCCUUUCUACUAUUCUCAAGCUCUCCCAAAAGGAACUUGAAACUAUUCUCUCUGAGAUAAAUAACACAUCUGCUUUCUUUAAGAGUGUACCUCAAGACAAAUAUCAGCAUUGUAUCAGCAUUUUCCAGAAUAUUACCAAGCUGAUUUUGUCCAAUACUCUGAAAGACAUAAGCUAUUUGCAAACAAAUUUUUCAUCUCAUCUUAAUUCCUUUCUAAACUUUUAUAGUACAGUGGAUGAAGCAGAGGAUUGUAACAGAUGGAUACAUGGAUUAAGUAAUCUCAGUGAAAAAUACAGGUCACCUUCCCACCUUGAAAGCACAAAGCAUAUUUUAUUUCUGCUGAAAUCUUUGGGAAACACUGAGAGAGAUGCUAAGCUAGUGAACAUGAUGGACUUUGUUAAUUUGAUUUUUAAUUUGAUACUCCCGGAAUGUUCCCAAACUGGUUCUGAUGUGAUUUGUGUAAAUGUUUAUUUCAAUAUUAUAGCAAAAACUUUUAAAUUUAUUCUCCCUGAAUUUUAUCUAAAAGAUGACAUUAGUGUGCUUCAAUUUAUUUUUAAACUUUUAAAUAAUUCUGGAGAGCAAAUGCAAAUGGUUGUCAGUGAUUUAAUGAAGCACUCAUUGUAUACAUCAAAUAAGACCCAUUUUAGUCCAUCAAUCCAUGGAUUUAACAGGACUUCAAGAGUGAUCCUUAGUCCUUUUCACCACAUUCAGCUUUUAUCAGUAGAAAUUUUGUCAGAAAUUCAGACUCAUCUGAAAAAUAAAACAUUCGAAGUCCAAGAAAACAGCUCCUCUCAUUUGGACCUUGACACUGAAUCUUUCUUGCAUGAGAAAAAUAUCAGUUUGCUGAUGGAGUUCUUGGAAUAUGUGACUAGAAAACUAAACUCAAACUUGCAGAAUGAACACAAAACAUUGCCACAGAAAGUGAUAGAAACAGUAGCUCUGAAUAUUGAACUGAUAAGGAAGGCACUUAAAAUUUUCAAGUCUCCUACUUUUACUGCCUUUCCAUUAAGAGAUGAAAAGGAGUUUCUAAAACAUAUGGUAGCCUUGGUGCAGAACAUGAGGAACAUGGAUGCUGAAUUAUUGAUAAGUCAACUCAAACAAGUCCAGAGGAACCUAAAUGAUUUCUUUAAAAAUAUCAGACUUUUUUCUAUUGAGAACUCUGAGUUAGGAACGUUAACAGACUGGUGGGAUGCAUUUGAGAACAUGUCGUGUUACUGGAACCUGACUGGCUUAUGGGAAAUAACACAACUCUUUGAACAAGAUGAGCUCUAUGAUGUAGAAGAUGUGUUUGACCUGCUCCUUGAUGUCAUCAGUCUUACUGAAAGGUUAGCUCAUGGAAACAUUACAGAAGCACUAACUGAAGUAUAUGCUUUCAUACUGACUCAGGAAGAAAAAAUGUCAACGUUUACUGAUGAGGAGUUCUCUGAACUAGUAGAAGAUCUUCUAAUGUUACUGGAGAUAUUGGCAGACAUAUCUGAUGAGCCUGAAGAGGUCUCCAUUUGUUUUUAUGUAGAAUUUUGCUGGACUCUCACAACAGCAACACCUCAGAUUGAUCCCACUGUUGAACCUUGUGACUUCGUGCUUAGCAAUUCUACUCUUAGUUACGAUGCAAUCAUUGAAGUCAUUAAGGAGCUUAAACUCAUCACUCUGGAAGAUGAUUUCUCAUGCUUAAUGGAAGACUUUCAGAUGGAUGUUGCUCGCAAUGUGACUUGCUUUUUUCGUCAGAUCAAAGAAUGGAACUCUGUUCUUUUGAAGUUUUCUGAGCUUCAUCAUAUGAAUGGCUCAGUUCUCAAAGAGCUGCUAGAUUUUUGGAAUGAGCUAUCCCUCUAUGCUGUACCACUGCAGGCAAAUAAUACAUAUGCAAUCAAUUGUUCUUCCACACCAAAGAGCCAAAUGGCUUUACAAAUUGUAGAAGCACUGGGCAGUGUUUCAGUGGCAGAAAUGGAGAAGGACAAAGGUCUUCUUGAACAACUGCGUGAUCUUUAUGGCGGCCUAAGCUGGGACAAACAGUCAAGAUCAUCACUUAAAACUGUUCUUACCAAUGUUAAGAGUAUAACCAGUGAAGUUUCUGGACUCCUGGAUGUAGAAGCUGUUCGUUCUUUUCUUUCUGUAAUUCGGCCUUUAAUGAUGCUGUCUUCUGUUGGAAACCAGACAUACUCAAUGCUGAUGAUAAUAUCAGCUUUAAAUGGAAACAGCAACACAUCUGAUAAGUUUGAGAACUUCUGGUUUCAUGUAGUCACAAGCAUAGAAGAUUUAUUGGUGAAUUUUAAUGUUACAGACUUACUUGCAGUGAUAGACCAAGAACUUCAAUUGCUAAAGUUAGUCACUGGACAGCCCUCUUCAAUGGCUCCUGAUGUUUCAAUACAGCAGUUUAAGAUGUCAUCUGAAGAUGCUAAAUUAAGAAAUUUUGGAGAGAUACAAGACAUUGUGAAGAACUUUCUGUGUGUGUGUAACAAUAGAAAUUAUUCUGAAAUAAUUCAUGCUCUAAUUAUCCUUAUGUCUAAUGAAAGUUUGUCAAAUGACAUGCUGCUGGUUGUCAAAGACAUUAUUGACUUUCUGGAACUAUUCCAAAAUAAGCCUAAGGAAAAUGACAUUGAUAUGUUGUUUGGUGAUGGUCAUCUUAGCAGAGAAAAAUUGAAUAGUACUCAUACUGCUGAUUCAGUUUUACUAAACAGUCUCCUUCAUAUAAUUGCUGAUCUUGCUGUUAUAGAGGAAGAUUUACAUAUAAAUAAUACAGAGCUUUGGAUUACUGACUUCUUUGGUUCAUAUUUUGAUAAUGCACAAUAUAGAGAAGCUUCUGCUCAGUCCCAAAACAGAACUCUGGAGAUCAUGCAAGAGAUUUUGGAAAUAAUAUUUCAGUCUACCACAGAACAUGAUGGGAACAAAAUGAAAUUAUUACUAAAGGAUUUGCAUAAGGAUGUCGUGGCAGAAAUGAGGUUGGUUACCACAAUAGUGAUCACCAUAUGUGUUAGUACUGUAAUGUUAAGACUUUACUCUAAGCAAACAUUUGUUAAUUUGGGUGAUGCCAAGCAAGAAGAACCAGUUGUCUUUGGCAACAUUUUCUGUGCCAUUACAGAGUGUAAAGAUGGAUUAACAAGUCACUUGCUCCUUGCUGUCAUUGAAGGGAUCGCUGUGGUUCGAGAUCAUUAUCAGGAUGUUGAAAGAUUGUGGCCUGCUUUCAACAAGGGGGAUUGUGAGACUAUGGCAUAUAUAAACCAAAAACUUUCCAAUACUUUGGAGAGCUUCCUGGGAGCCUUGCUGAGUACCAGCAGUGACAGCUGUGAAUAUGUGAAAGUCAAGGAGUGUGUGCAGAAUCUUACUCAGCUGAGGCUGGACAUUGGUUCUUCUGUCAAUGUCUCUGAAGAAACUGUGAAUACCAUCUUGGAAUCUAGUGUCUCUCAUUCGAAGGUUUUUUACAGUGCCUUUGUGGUAGCUUUAACUGGAAGAUGUGAUGAAGAAGUACUUAGCCUGCUCCUAAAACUGCCUGAAAGCAGUAAAACUUCCCUGGUAGUGGAAGAAUUAUGUUCCUUACCAGCACUGGACUUGUAUACCAUGUUUGUACUGAUUAUACAGAAUUUCAACUUACGUCACAUCAUUUACAAGAUGCAGAUACCACCUGAGAUAGGCAAUGUUCUAAAUACACUGCUGGAUGUGGUUUCUAGUAUCAGCUCUCUUCUCAAUAAAGUCCACCAUGUCAUGGAAAAGCUUCCAGCGUUCCUUGAAGGAAUUCAAAAUAUUGGUGUGUUUGACAUCUCUGAGUUGCAGCAGUUCUUGCAAGGUGGGCAGUUCAGAAGUUCAGCUGUUGGAUCCCUGGAGUCUGUAAUCAAGGCAGUGUGUAAAGAAGAAUCUUCAUUUUUCAGCAAUGCAAACCUGUUCAUCGACAUGCCCAGAAUCAUGGGACUCUUGCAGGAUGAUAUGGCAAAAUAUGGCAUGCCUGAGGACUCAACUCCUUUUUGCUUGAAGCUUUAUCAGGAGAUUUUGCAGUCUCCUAAUGGGGCUUUGCUCUGGACUUUCCUGAAGCCUUUAUUACAUGGGAAGAUACUGUACAAUUCAAACAUCAACAUGAUUGACCUGGUGAUGGAGAAGGCUAAUUUCACUUUCAGUUUUGUGGAAAACUUGAAGACUUAUUCUGAGACGUGGCUUAGGAUGUCUGAGGUUUUUAAAACCAGUGGAAAGGCCCUCACAGCCUCACAGCUGCAGGAAGCACUGCAAAGCAAUUUCAUAAAGCACUUCAUAGAAAGUAAUUUGGAUAUUGACAUGGAAAAACUCCUUAAAAAAAUGCAAGUAUAUG